UAGCCAAAUUGCGUAUUGUUUUCCGACAUUGAGAAUUCAAGCGAAAUCUCGAUCACAGCGUGUGAUUGGUGGCGUGCGUCAGUAGGUGGUGGUGUGUGCGGAGUUCUCCACUUUCCUGUUGCGGUCCUUCUUGCUCCUCUCCUUCCGCCCUUAUCCGGGAUGAGGAGCUGCUGUGGUAAAAUUUGGGACUUUACUGCGAAAUGAAUCCACUCACAAAAGUGAAGCUCAUCAAUGAGCUAAAUGCAAGGGAGGUGGAGUUGGGUGUACAAGAUAAAGUAUCCUGGCAUUCAGAGUACAAGGACAGUGCAUGGAUCUUUCUGGGUGGCUUGCCCUAUGAAUUAACUGAAGGAGACAUUAUCUGUGUGUUUUCACAGUAUGGCGAGAUUGUUAACAUCAAUUUAGUUCGAGAUAAGAAGACUGGAAAAUCAAAAGGCUUCUGCUUUAUCUGUUAUGAGGAUCAAAGAAGCACCAUUUUGGCUGUGGACAACUUUAAUGGAAUCAAGAUUAAGGGAAGGACCAUCCGUGUUGACCAUGUGGCCAAUUACCGUCCUCCAAACGAUGGAGCUGAUGUUGAUGCUGUGACUAAAAGACUGAGAGAGGAAGGCUGUGCACCUAAAGCACCUCCAUCAGCAUCAGAUUCCUCAGAGUCCUCCGAAGAGGAUGUUAGCUCGGUGCCAGCAAAGAAACAGAAGAAAGACAAGAAAAAGAAAAAGAAAAAAGGAAAAAAGGAGAAAAAAGUCAAGGUAAAGAAAGAAGCUGCCUCCAAACAUUUGAUCAAGAACUCUGGCCGAAACCAAUCACCUCCACCCCCAGUAAGAAUCAAGAGAGAAAGAGAGGAUGUGGGGUAUGAGAAAUAUGCCAAAACGAGUCAAGACAUUCAUCGGGAUGGUAGUGUGGACCACAGAAGUGAAGAAAGAGGAAAAGGAGAUGGGAGGAAACAUACGCAAGGAGCUGAUGAAAUGAGGACCAGAGAGAAACACAGAGAACGGAGUCGAACUAGAAACUCUGAGAGAAAGGAAAGGCGAAAAGGUGAUCAAAAUGGGAGAGGAUCUGGCAAUGAAAGGUCAGAGAGAGAUGUAAGACACACUCACGGUGAUGGGAGAGAGUUGAGAUAUGAUGAAGAAAGGCACAGUGAGCAAGAGAAAAUGCGAAAAGAAAACAGGAUUGACGGCAAGAAUGAUGACCAUGACAAGUACAGGAAAUACAGUCGCAGUAAGAGACACGAGUGGGAUUCACAUUGUGACAGCAUCAAGCAUAAAGAGUCGAGAUUCGAACAUGACAAAGUCAGCCUUAACAAGGGAAAAUACAAUUACAGAGACAGUGACCAGAAAAGAAACUGAACAGUCAGAAGUCUGCAGCUAAAUGCAGUACACCUCCCCAUCCAAAGUCUAUAGACAGAAUAAAGUCCCAGCAUUUAACAACCAGAAAUAAAUAUUCUGAAAUUUGCUGCUUUCCGACAGCUUUUUCUCUUGAACUAUUUCUUUAUAUAUGUGGACUAUUUUUGCAAUGGAGAAUAUUAAACAACUUGCAGUGCCCCUUUAACUACUGAUGAUUUUUUAAAAAUAAAUUUAAGAUGUUUAUUUUUGUGCUUACUUUGAAGAUAUCAAAUGAAACAAAGUUUUAUUCUGAUUACAUGUAGUUGGCUGUUCAUCUUGCAAAAAAGUUCAUAAUUGAGUGGUGAUAGCCUUUCAGAUUGUUGCAGGACAUCCAGCUGGGCCAACUCCCACUCUUGCUUCAUGUCGUCAAAUUGGCACCUUCCAGCAGGGGGACUGGAUAUCAAGUAGCAGUGAGAAUACUAGUUUAUUUUCUUUUGGUAUUUUUCCUCUGCCCUACAUGUAGGAAUUAAGUAGUGUUGCAACAGCCAAAUCACCAAAGACCUGGAUUUUGAAGCUUCCUUGCUCAACAUGGCAGUGAUCCACUUUAGUACACACUUAUCUGCAUAGCUCUGUAUGUUUCUAAUGAUAUUUUAAAGUCUCAUACCUGAUAUUCAGAAUUAUUGACUUAAAUAUAAAUUCUUUUCCAUGUUUUAUUUUAAAGUAGGGAUGUUACAGUUUACAUCAAAAGCUUCUAGUUGUGUAGAUAUUUAUAAAAAGAGAAUAAGCAGAAUGGGUGGACAAUAUUAGACCUAACAGUGCAAGACCCAUCAAUUAAUUGUUUGAGUCCCCAGAAUUAUUUUUCAUUUGUUGUUAUUCAUAAAUUUUGGGGAAACUCCAGGGUUUGGAAAGUUCAGAACAACGGAAGCGAUAGAUUGUUCUGUGAGCUUACUGUAAGAAUGGCAUUAUUAAAUCAAUUAAAUUUA